AUGGGUAGACUAGGUGGGUUGGGUGAUUCCUGCUCAAAAGGCCUAUAUUUGGUUGUUGGGGCUGCAGUUGCUGCUGGGCUUUCACUUGCUCUUGUUGCUGUAGAGGCCAAACGAGCAUCUGAAAUGGUUGGAACAAUGGGUGUUGCACUAUCUGUUUGUACACUGCCUGGACUAGUUACAUCAGAUUGUUUGGGCCCAGGAAAGAUGGAACUGGGUCUUGGAAUUCAUGGAGAACCUGGUGCUGCUGUGGCUGACCUUCAACCAGUUGAUGUAGUUGUUUCUCAUGUUUUGAAUCAGAUACUAUCAUCGGAGACCAACUAUGUUCCGAUUACAAGAGGAAACAUAGUUGUCCUAAUGAUUAACGGUUUAGGUGCCACUCCUGUGAUGGAACUGAUGAUUGCUUUUGGAAAAGCAGUACCAAAGUUGCAACUGGAGCGUGGACUGGCGGUUGAUAGAGUGUAUACAGGAUCAUUUAUGACUUCUCUUGAUAUGGCAGGUUUCUCGAUUUCCAUCAUGAAAGCGGAUCAAGCUAUUUUGCAACUUUUGGAUGCUCCAACUAAAGCUCCAGCUUGGCCUGUUGGUGUUGAUGGUAGUCAUCCACCACCCAAGAUUCCUGUUCCAGUCCCUCCAUCUCGUUCUACAAAGAGUGAUGAGGUAUGUUCAUUCAACAACAAUAAUAAUAAUAAACAGGUGGUACAAUAA